UACUGGAGAGCGACCGCUCGCGGUGCUCAGGCAGCCAGUGUAAUUUUGAGUCGCGCCUCGAGCAGAUCAGAGCACACAACCCACAAAAUGUUGCCCGCGCUCUUCUUCGCCCUCGCCCUUUUCGCACCCCUGACUGCAGCUCAACAGGGCGCAACUGGUCCUCUGAGUGUCGAGUGUCUGGGAUGCAUUUGUGAAGCUAUUUCAAACUGCAACCGCACCCUGACCUGCAGUGGUGACGUGUGCGGCCUGUUCAGGAUCACCUGGGCUUACUGGUCGGACGCCGGUAAACCCGUCCUUCAGGGCGACAACCCAUCCGCCGACGGAGCAUAUGGCAGGUGCACGGUUGACCCCUACUGCGCCGCAUUAACGGUUCAACAGUACAUGACCAAAUACUCACAGGACUGCAACCGGGACGGCAGUGUGGACUGCACUGACUUUGCGCGCAUCCACAAGCUUGGAGGAUACGGCUGCGGAGCCCCGUUGGACCCCAUCUACGAACAAAAGUACACCACUUGCAUCAACCAUGUGCAAACUCUCGGUUAAAAAAUUCAAGAAUCAAAAUCCAUCUUGUUAAACUAUAAUUUAAUUUAAAACUUUUUUAUCCUGAUGAAUGCCAACUGAAAAUCUAGAAUUGCAUAGGGAAAAUCUGUAAUUUUGUAUUAUCUGUGUUUUGAACUGUAUUUUAAACACAAUAAAUAAUGUCAUAUUCAUCAAA